CACUUUAGCUUAACUCUCGUCCCAACAAUGUCUCUACUCCUGCGAACUUUGCCUCUUCGACCUGCUCGUUUCCUCUCCGCCACCGCCAUAUCUGCCUCUAACGCCGCCAUUUUAUACUUCGUACCGAAACGGAGAAACCCAUUUCCCGGAACUCGAAGAACCUUCUCCAGUUCCCCUGUUGCGGCUACCUCUGGCGAUGUCGUAGUGAAGCCGGUUCCAUCUCCUCCGUCGGUUCUCCGGUGGGUAUCGCGCACAGGGCUAUGCGGCGAUUUAUCAAUCGACGAUGUUGGUAAAAGGGUUCACCUUUGCGGGUGGGUCGCCCUUCACAGAGUCCAUGGAGGUCUCACUUUCCUUAAUCUUAGAGAUCAUACCGGCAUUGUCCAGGUUACGACAGUUCCGGAUGAGUUUCCUGAGGCACAUGGCUUGAUCAAUGACAUGAGGCUUGAGUACGUUGUUUUGGUGGAAGGUACUGUUCGUAGCAGGCCAAAUGAGUCCAUCAACAAGAAAAUGAAAACAGGAUUCAUUGAGGUAGUUGCAGAGCAUGUUGAAAUAUUGAAUCCUGUGAGGGCAAAGCUUCCCUUUUUAGUUACUACUUCAGACGAGACAAGAGAUUCAGUGAAAGAAGAAAUUCGCUUAAGAUUUCGGUGUCUUGAUCUACGCCGUCAGCAAAUGAAGAAUAAUAUUGUUCUUCGCCAUAACGUGGUGAAGCUGAUUAGAAGAUAUCUCGAAGACAGGCAUGGAUUUAUUGAGAUUGAAACCCCAAUACUCUCGAGAUCUACUCCAGAAGGCGCUCGAGAUUAUCUGGUCCCCUCUAGAAUUCAGUCAGGAACAUUCUAUGCUUUGCCUCAAAGUCCCCAGCUCUUCAAACAAAUGUUAAUGGUCUCCGGUUUUGACAAAUAUUACCAGAUAGCAAGAUGUUUUAGAGAUGAAGAUUUAAGAGCUGACAGGCAGCCUGAAUUCACUCAGCUUGAUAUGGAAAUGGCUUUCAUGCCUAUGGAGGACAUGCUGAAGCUGAAUGAAGAUCUUAUCCGUAAGGUCUUUUUAGAGAUCAAAGGUAUCCAGCUACCUGAUCCAUUCCCAAGGCUGACAUAUGCUGAUGCAAUGGAUCGAUAUGGCUCAGAUAGACCAGAUAUAAGAUUUGAUCUCGAGUUGAAAGACGUGUCAAAGGUUUUCACAGAAUCGUCGUUCAGGGUUUUUACGGAGGCCCUUGAAAGUGGUGGAAUCAUUAAAAUUUUAUGUGUACCUUUGGGUGCAAAAAAGUAUUCCAACUCAGCUCUCAAAAAAGGAGAUAUUUACAAUGAAGCCAUGAAAUCCGGAGCAAAGGGUCUGCCUUUCUUGAAGGUCGUGGAUAAUGGCGAGGUCGAGGGAAUUGCAGCAUUAGUUUCUAGUUUAGACUCGGUGGGUAAAACAAACUUAGUGAAACAAUGUGGAGCAGCACCUGGUGAUCUUAUAUUAUUUGGAGUGGGUCCUGUUACAUCAGUUAAUAAAACCCUAGAUAGGUUAAGACUCUUUGUAGCCCAUGACAUGGAUUUGAUUGACCAUUCCAAGCACUCAAUUCUGUGGGUGACUGAUUUUCCAAUGUUCGAGUGGAAUGAGCCAGAGGAGAGGCUUGAGGCAUUACAUCAUCCAUUCACAGCUCCUAAGCCUGAAGAUAUGGAUGACUUGCCUUCUGCACGAGCUCUCGCGUAUGACAUGGUCUAUAAUGGGGUCGAGAUUGGUGGAGGAAGUUUGAGGAUAUAUAAGCGGGAUGUUCAAGAAAAGGUUUUGGAGAUCAUUGGCAUCUCACCUGAAGAGGCCGAAACAAAGUUUGGCUAUCUUUUGGAGGCUCUUGACAUGGGUGCUCCUCCCCAUGGAGGAAUUGCUUAUGGACUCGAUAGAAUGGUGAUGAUGCUGGGAGGUGCAAGUUCCAUUAGAGAUGUAAUAGCCUUCCCAAAGACAACCACGGCGCAAUGUGCCUUGACCAGGACUCCCUCUGAAGUUGAUCCAAAGCAGCUCCGAGAUCUUUCCAUCCGCACCAAAUAGUUCUCAUUUCUCAACACAAACAUAAUUGUUGUAUCGUAGGUGCUUUGAGAAGAUUAACUAGAGCGAGUAUGAUGGCAUGUCUCUUGCCAAUGUCCAUCUUCUAUCUACCCUUUCACAUCAUUGGUUAUUGAUUUUAAAGAAAUUUGUUAUCAAUCAAUUUACAGAAGUUAUAAACUUUCAAAAUGAAAUAAUAAAGGUUGUUAUAAAAGUGAAA